AUGGCAUCAAAUAUACGACCAAGCACUCCUGACUCCACACUCCACUACCCUAUAAGGCGCUAUAAUAUCAAGUGCAACAUCGACCAAAACGGAAAAAUAAAAUUGUCCCAAAAAAAAAAAAAAAAAAACAUUGCGUGUGCCGGUAACACGCUCAGGCGAAAAAAAAAGAUAAAAAAAAGGAUGGCGGCAGGCGGGCGGAGCAGCUACUGCUACCGCGAAGCGCUCCCCUUCGGCGCCAUGGUGUCGAUGGAGUGCCUCAACGUCGGCCUCAACACGCUCUUCAAAUUCGCCGCCGAUCGCGGCAUGAGCCGCCACGUCUUCCUCGUCUACGCCUACGGCGUCGCCGCCCUCCUCCUCCUCCCCUCCCUCUUCUUCUCCCGCCGCCGAUCGCGAGUGCUGCCGUCGCUAAAUUCCUCGAUACUGCUGAAGAUGUUCCUGCUCGGAGCCAUCGGGUAUGCUUCGCAGAUAAUGGGGUAUACCGGCAUCAAUUACGGCUCUCCCACGCUGGCUUCCGCCAUGAGCAACCUUGCUCCGGCCUUCACUUUCCUGCUCGCUGUCAUUUUCAGGAUGGAAAAGGUAGAGUUAUCGAGCAGGACGAGCCGGGCUAAGCUUGCCGGCACAAUCAUCUCCAUAUCAGGAGCAUUUGUUGUAACAUUUUACAAAGGCCCUACCAUCAAUGCCUCAUUUUCCUCCUCUCCGCCUUCACUGCACCAACUAGUACUCGACUCACCUCGAUCCGACUGGAUCAUUGGCAGCCUAUUCCUCACCGUUGAAUAUAUGCUCGUGCCAGUGUGGUACAUUCUUGUGACGCAUAUUAUGAAAGAAUACCCUUCGGAGUUUACCAUCAUCUUCUUCUACACAUCUAGCGUGAGCGUUCUAGCUGCAAUCGCGGGAACUUUUGCAGAACCGGACUCUAGUAAAUGGAUGAUCAGACCUAAUAUUGCUUUGGUCUCUAUGUUAUGUUCGGGUGUCUUCAACUGUUGCAUAAACAACUCUGUCCAUUCAUGGGCGUUGCACUUGAGAGGUCCCGUCUUCGUCGCCAUGUUUAAGCCUCUCUCGAUCGCCAUAGCUGCAGCCAUGGGAGUUGUCUUCCUAGGCGACACUCUUUAUCUUGGGAGUAUCAUUGGAGCGACGAUAAUAGUGAUCGGAUUCUAUACCGUGAUGUGGGGCAAAGCGCAAGAAGAGUUUGGCGAGUUUGUGAUCGAAUCGACAACAGAUUUGGAGUCGUCUAUGGAUCAAAACCAUCCGUUGCUACAAAGCUACAAAAGCCAUGGCUUGCAGAAGAAGUGAAGUUAUAAUUGCUAAAGGAAAUUAACAACCUUAAGUACAUGGUUGUGGCGGUUUGAUUAUUUAGAAUUGUUAAGAGAAGAAUAUAUAUCAUUGUACAUGUAUGUAUUACUCCAAUGUUCAUGGUAUAUGUUUAAUGUG